AUGCAGGUCCCCCUCAUCCGCCUCUCGUGCGGCGUCAACUCGUACGAAUGGGGCAAGAAGGGCAACGACUCGGCCGCCGCCCGCUUCGCCGCCGCCACGCCCUCGGACACCCUGACGAUCCAGGCCGACAAGCCCUACGCAGAGCUAUGGAUGGGCAGCCACCCGUCCAACCCCUCCAAGGACGUUGUCACCGGCCGCACCCUGCUCGACCUCUUCUCCGAGAACAAGGCCCUUCUCUCCCAGUCCGUCUCGGGCAAGUAUGGCGACAAGCUGCCCUUCCUCUUCAAGGUCCUGUCCAUCAACAAGGCCCUGUCCAUCCAGGCACACCCCAACAAGAAGCUCGCCGAGCAGCUGCACGCCCGCGAUUCCAAGAACUACCCCGAUGACAACCACAAGCCCGAGAUGGCCAUUGCCAUCACCCCAUUUGAGGGUCUCUGUGGCUUCCGCCCCCUAGCCGAGGUCGCGCACUUCCUGGCCACGGUGCCAUCCCUGAGGCGGCUGGUCGGCGAGGACAAUGCCAAGGCGUUCGAGGCGGCGGCCAAGGACGGCGGCGAGGACGUGACUGACGACAAGAAGAAGGCUCUGAAGAAGGCCUUUGGCGGCCUGAUGUCCUCGUCGCCUAGCGACGUCGCCGCUGAGAUUCCCAAGCUCGUCGAGCAGGCCAAGUCGGAGGGCAGCGGCUUCGCCUCGGGCGGCGUUCCGUCUACGCGCGGCGAGGUCAUGGCGGAGCUGGUGACACGCCUCCAUGGGGAGUUUGGCGAGGACAUCGGCCUCUUCGUCCUCUUCUUCCUCAACUUUGUCACGCUGCAGCCCGGCGAAGCACUGUUCCUUGUCGCCGACGACAUUCACGCCUACGUGUCGGGCGACAUCGUCGAGUGCAUGGCGGCGUCGGACAACGUGGUGCGGGCGGGCCUGACGCCCAAGUUCAAGGACGUGUCGACGCUCGUCGACAUGCUGACGUACAACUACGCGCCCAUUGACGAGCAAAAGAUGGCGCCGACCGAGUACCCCUACGCGACGCUCAACCGCGCCGGCUACAGCUCCGGCUCGGCCGUGGCGCUCUACGACCCGCCCAUCGAGGAGUUUGCCGUCGUGCGCACCCUGCUGCGCGGCGACGGCGCCAAGGCCACCUUUGAGCCGCUCGACGGGCCGAGCAUCAUCAUCUGCACAGGCGGCAAGGGAAAGAUCUCGGUUGGGCCGACGAGCCACGAGAUGAAGGAGGGCUACGUCUUCUUUGUCGGCUCCACGGCCGAGCUGGUGCUCGAGUCGCAGGGCGGCGAGGAGGACGAGUUUACCACGUUCAAGGCCUUUUGCGAGAUUGAAGGCUCCGAGAAGCAGCGAUUGUAG